GCCAACGAAGCCUCUCCAUGGUUGGCAACGAGGCAGCCAGUUACGGAUUGUCCUUUCUGCAACUUUAAUCUCAUUGGUUCUCUGCACUUUCUCAUGUAUAAUUAUAGAACUUUUUCUUCGGCUCAAGCGCCCACAAAAAACCAUAUUAACCAAUCACAACUCAACGCCGCUUACUCUUUUUUCUGCUCAUUCUCUCUUCUCUUCUUUUUCUUUGCGUACUAAGUUAAAAGUUCAAACCCACAGCUUCCAAAAAUUUCCAAUCACUUCUUUCUUGACUCUUUCUCUUCUUCUCUCUGUUUUUUCUUUUGUUUUUGCUUUGGCCACCAACUCUGGGAAAAAAGCUACAGAAGCACUGUUUGUUUAACAGACCCGUUUCAAUCAUCAAGGACCUUUUCUGUUUUUUCUCAACUUCCUCUCUGUUUUCUGUUGAGUUGGUCUUCAAUCUCACUUCAAGUUUUCUUUUUAGUGUGGGGAAGUUUCAUCUGGGUUGUGCUUUGUCUCUUGCUCUGCUCGUGAUUUUGUCUGUUUUUGGGCUGUGGUAAUGGCUAGGGUUAAUUUAAAAAAAAAAAAAAACAAAACUGAGGUGUUUGUAAAAUAAUUUUUCUCUAUUCUUUCUCUAAUUUUCCUUGGAUUUCGGAAAGUUUACCUUUUUAGAUUCCUAAAUUGGUGCUUGUGUGAAAAAAGUUUUGCUCAGAUUCCAUUCAAAUGCCUUGUUGAUUCGAUACUUCUUUGGUCAUCAAAACCUCCAUUUUCUCUGCAUUUUUUAUCUGAGUUUUCUCUCUCUUUGAACAUUGAAUACAAAGAGAGAGAAACUGAGUUGGGAUUCACUCCACUCGUACGGUUCAAUGAACCAGAAACAAAUGAAUCGAGCAGUAGAAGUUCUGUCUCCAGCCUCGUAUCUCCAAAACUCAAACUGGUUGUUUCAAGAAAGCAAGGGAACAGGAUGGACUCGACAAGAGAACAAGCUGUUUGAGAAUGCUUUGGCUUUUUAUGAUAAAGAUACUCCUGAUCGAUGGAUUAAGGUGGCAGCAAUGAUUCCAGGCAAGACAGUCGGUGAUGUAAUCAAACAAUACAAGGAAUUGGAAGAAGAUGUUAGUGACAUUGAAGCAGGUUUAAUUCCAAUUCCUGGUUAUGGUAACGAUUCUUUCACUUUGGAGUGGGUUACUGGCAAUCAGGAAUUUGAUGGAUUGAGGCAAUUUUAUAGUCCUGGUGGGAAGAGAGGCACCGCAACUCGGUCUUCUGAUCAAGAAAGAAAGAAAGGGGUUCCAUGGACAGAAGAAGAACACAGGCAAUUUCUAAUGGGUCUUAAGAAGUUUGGAAAAGGGGACUGGAGAAAUAUCUCCCGCAAUUUUGUGACUACUCGAACACCAACUCAGGUUGCAAGUCAUGCUCAAAAGUACUUCAAUAGGCAGCUUACUGGAGGGAAGGAUAAGAGGAGAUCUAGCAUUCAUGAUAUUACCACUGUCAGUUUGGAAGACACGGCAUCUCCUUUGCCAGAAAACGCUAAACCUUCAUUGGCAAAUUCUUCUAUGGCUGUCAUUCAGCUGCAGCAGCAACCAAAAUUUACUAGCAUAAGAAAUGAGCGAUUCAAUUGGAAACCAUCAAAUGAAGGAGCAGCCAUGGUUUUUAACCCGACAAAUAGCAAUGUGUUCAUGCCCCCUUUCUGUGGGAUAUCUUCUAAUGCACCUAAAUUGCAAGAGCAAAAUCUUCUUGGUGGAACUCUUAAUGGAUCUCAGUUUGACAUUUACAAUGCAUUUUAUCAGAUGCAGUCAAUGCAACAUCAGUAAUUCAUAGAUAAAAUGGAGUUCUAAGGAUAUUUAAUAGCCAAUUCUUAUUCAGUGCCAGUGAUAUCAGAUUACUCUGUCCAUGUAACAUCUUGGCUCUAUGUGAAUAUGUCAAUGAAGCUUGGAACAAGUCCCUGAAGAAAUCAAUUAGAUUCUGCUGUGAUUUGCCAUUGGAAUACUGGAGCAUUGAACCAUAAGAGUAGCCUAUCUACAAGAAGCUUGAUUUUUUGUUCUUGUGCACUGGUGAUAUCCUUGCAGUAUUUGUUGGUUGUCAGAAGGCAUUCUCUUAUUGAGCUUGUUUGUAUUUUAUGAAUAUUUCCAUUUAGGUAAGAGCCAUGUACUAGAUGAUCUAGAUGCUGAAAUGGUUAAAUUAGAUGAUACAGUCUCCAACCAUUCUGAGUAGCUUCAUGUAAAUUAUGCAACUCCCAAAUUUGCAUGGUUGAUAUAAUAAAGGCAUCUGUAAGAAUAA